AUGGCAGAGCGCGGGAAGCACGCGAAAAGUGAAGUCGCCUUGCGUAUUCGGCAGCGCGCUUCGGUAGAGGACUGGGACCAAAUGCGGUCAAUCAUCACGCAACUGUACCGAGAUGACGACAGAAAGCUCACCGAAGUAAUGAGCAUCAUGUCAAAGGAGCACGGGUUUCAUGCCACUACGAGAAUGUACAAGCGAAGACUUCACGCCUGGGGUCUUGACAAGAAGUUGAAGGAGGACGACGUCCUGCAGAUGCUUCGUAUUUCGACUUCGAAGACUCACACCACUGGUAGAUACGACGGUUCUGUGAUCUUUUACGUCCGCGGUCAGCGCAUUGAGAGUUCACGGCUUCGGAGAUACAUCCACCGUACGCCAAAGGUUCUGCAACGACUGUCGGCGGGGGACGUUCCCGCCGAAGAUUCCAUCAAAGCAGUCACCUUCCAGCUGCAGUCACAAACCAGCGGACGACCUCUUCUUGCUCAGAAUGACCGCCUGAGGGAUACUGAGCAGCUACUUUCCUCCCUGCGCCUCUAUGUGACGGCUUCUCUGGAGUCCGGAAGCUGGAGGUGCAAUGCGGUUGGAUGCUGGUCCACGGCGUCCACUCCGGAAGAGGAGAUCCAGCUACACGACACCUUGCACUUGCCAUUUGUGAACGUCAUGUUCUGUUUGAUGCAGGGCGCCACCCCCGAUGCAACUGGCAGAGAGCUGACCAAGUUUUUCGACGCUCUGCCAAGCGUUGUUAGGAAGAACCCUCCAUUCUUCAUAUGCGCCAUCCUAGGCAUGUUAUUGCGCUUGGGACAAUACAAGCAGUUUCAGUUAUCCAAAAUGCUGAUUGGACAUAUUGCUGACCUCAGCUCUAUUUAUCUUGGUGACAGCCACGAACUGUCCCGCGUCGCUCGACUGAUCCACUGCCUAGGCCUAGAGAUGGAAGAUAGUCGUCACUGGUACGAGAAAUCGCUCCUGCUACUUGUGUUAUCUUUUGAGGGUCGAGCUGGUGCAAACAAUGCAAUGGGGGUCUUUGUGUCAGUCGCAUAUCUGGCGUCAGGAAUCAUGAACGGCGGUGUCAGCAGAGACUGGUUGGACCUCGUGGGGAAGUACACCGCCAGCAUUACACAAGCUCCCGUGGUCCCAAGCACAAUCCUGGACGGCACCAAGAACGACAGCGAUGUCAUAGAUCUUGACCCGGCCAGCCAAGGUCUGGUAUCUUCCACGGCGCGGGGCAGGCUCUUAUCUAUGCUAUUUGAUUUAUCAGGAUCGCUGGAACUUGAACCCGAAGAUGCGGACAAGCCCGAACUUGAAUGGAGGCUAGCUGCCGUCAACGUUGCCAAGAAGCAUUUCAAGUCCAACCUUUCGGAAUCGAUGCUCUCCCCUGAACAUUACGCCACGUUCCUGGACUUCUGCGCGGUAUUGCCCGGGUUUCAGGGAAAUCGACCGAACUGGCUCGAGAUUGACACUAGAAACGAGGCUGGAUCGCCACUCUAUAACGGGUCAAUGGCUGCGGCCGUUGGAACACCGCCAACGCUGAGGAUAAUACAGAAUCGCAUCCUGGUGUCGAGUUACUGA